CUUCAGCUACGACUGCUUCAACAUCGAAGUUCGAAACCGUGAUCUACAUUUUAUGUCAUAAAACUUUGAUUAUCCAGGUACGAUAUUUUUAUUCACCCAAUCGACGCAGAAAAUCUCUUUGUCAGAAACGUCCGACUACGUAAAAACAGACAAUUACCAUGUCAGUCUCAAAAGUACUCUACCAAACAAUUUUGAGGAGGCCAUCUCGCUUCUUUGUCGUUAUAGCAGUUGGAUCCCUGUUCUUUGAAAGAACACUAGAUAUUGGUAUUGAAAACUUAUAUGAUAGAAUGAACCGUGGUAAACAAUGGAAAGACAUAGCCGACAAAUAUGCUUGAACAGGAUGAUAUAAACACUCUUGGUCAUAGUUAUGUAGAACUAUCAAUAUCUGUUAAUACUUUAAAAAAUAAUUGAAUAUAAAUUCCUUGAAAAUAUAAUUAAGUAAUGAAAUACUAAA